AUGUGGACCGGAGGAGCCGAGAGUCGAACCACGGCUCUUCCAAUUAGUGGACGACCCGCUCUACCUCCCGAACCACAGCUGCCCCAUGAAGGUGCUCUGAACCAGCGUAACUGGGGUAAGAAGUACCCGACCUGUAACAGCGCCAGGCAAUCUCCCGUGGACAUCGAUGAGACGUUCACGCAGGUCAGGCUGCAGUACCAAAACCUACAGCUAGAGGGCUGGGACAGACUGACGGCAGAGGCCACCACCAUCCACAACGACGGGAAAACAGUGGCCAUCAGUGUGGAUGGAGAGUUCUUUGUGAGCGGAGGAGGCCUGAGCUCCAGGUUUCGUGUUGCUAGAAUCACUUUCCACUGGGGGCGCUGCAAUGUAACAUCAGAUGGGUCCGAACACAGCCUGAAUGGGAUGAAAUACCCUCUGGAGAUGCAGAUCUACUGUUACGAUCCAGAUGACUUCCAAACUCUGGAUGAGGCCAUCAGCAAUGGAGGGAGGAUCGCUGUGUUGGCGGUGCUCUUCGAGGUCAGCCUGGAAGACAAUGACAACUUUGUUCCUAUUAUAGAGGCCAUCAACACUGUCAGCAGGUUUGGUAAGAGCGGGUCGAUGGAAGCCUUCACCAUGCGCUCCCUGCUGCCCAAUAACACAGAUAAAUAUUACAUCUACAACGGCUCACUGACGGCCCCUCCCUGCUCAGAGAUGGUAGAAUGGGUCGUCUUUAAACACACUGUGGCCAUAUCAGAAACACAGCUUGAGGUGUUUUGCGAGGUGAUGACCAUGGAGCAGGCUGGAUAUGUGAUGUUGACCGAUUACCUGCAGAACAACUUCAGGGAGCAGCAGCAGCAGUUCAUGGGUCAAGUGUUCGCCUCGUACACCGGAGUCGAGGACGUGCUCACACCCACCUGCAGCUUGGAGCCAGAAAACGUUCAGGCCGAUGCCCAGAACGACACGACCAUCGUGGUGACGUGGGAGCGCCCCCGCGUGGUUUACGACACCACCAUCGACUGGUACACCGUCACCUACCAGAGGCUGCAGGGCCAAGACCAGACCAAGCAAGAGUAUAGGACAGACGGGGACCAAGACGUGGGAGCCAUCAUCCCCAGCCUGCUGGCCAAUAGUAGCUAUGUGGUUCAGGUGGUGGCUGUUUGCACCAAUGGACUCAGAGGACGAUGGAGCGACCAGAUUAUAGUGGACAUGCCGUUAGAAGACCCUGAAAGUGAUUCAGAUCCUGACAGUGUUACUCAAGACAUGGAGGGCAUCAGGGAGGUCUUAUCUAAAGGCAGAAGGGAGAAGCCAGAGAACCUGAAUCAGCUGGAUUUGAUUCCUGAGGACCACAGCCCAGUGGAGGAGACACCUGUCGAGCAGACCAGAGUUUACCAGAACCAACCCACUCACUAUUCCCAGCCCGCAGACCAAACCCAGGCAAACCUGAACCUCUCGGUCCAAGUCAGCACACGUUCCACCCCAAAGACUCCCCCUGAGUCUGCUGUUCUACAGAAAACUCGACCCAACCAGUACAUGAAAAAGAAACCAGACCGAAGCAAGUCUAAACCCAAUAUUAUUAUGGACCAAAACCGAAUUGACGAGGACCAGAGGAUCCCAACACAGCGGCCGUUUACUAAUCCAGGUUUUGACGGCAACAGCGCAAUCUGGGUGACUGAGGUCACUGAGCAACCGGGCUUUCUGUUUCCAGUUGCUCGGACCACCACCCUGCCGACAAUCCGCCGUCAAAUCACAGAAGAGGCAUCGUUGGCAGUUUUACCACAUCAGUCAGGGGAUCACGGUCCACCAGAUCAAAGUGGCCUCCCUUCUCCCCCGUCGGACCUCUACACCCCUCCUGUGGAGGACAUCCAAGUCACAGAUAUCUUCUAUGAAGACACAGACAACAGCUCUCCACUCGAAACCCUCACCUCCUCUCCAACAGUGUCUGCUGUCUCGCCGCCAGGUAAUGAAAAGGACAAAGACACCAUGCAGUCCUCUGAAGACAGUGAAACCUUUGUGAACAAACCUCUACCAGAAACCAUCACCUCAGUUUCCUCCACCCCCUCUUCCCCUCUGUGGAUCACAGAAAGGACGGCAACUGACAGCAACACCCUCGCCGAUUCGGUCUACAAAUCAUUCACCUCCUCCUCUCUCCUCAGGGUGCUGAUGCAUACAACCCAGCCCAUGUUCAACGAGGGAAGCAACAGCAGCCAUGAGUCUCGUGUCGGGCUGGUCGGGGGUGUGGAGAGAGAGAAGAGGACAGUCAUUCCUCUGGCUGUUGUCUCCACUCUCACCAUCCUCUGUCUGCUGGUACUGGUGGGCAUACUCAUCUACUGGAGAAACUGUUUCCAGACCGCUAAUUUCUACCCAGAUGACAACACAUCACCUAAAGUCAUAUCUGCUCCAUCUACACCCCUGCUGCUGGCCACAGAUGGUCAUGAGCCGCUGACAGUGAAGCAGUUUGUGAAGCACGUCAUGGAGCUCCACACCACCAACACCUUCACCAAGGAGUUCGAGAUUGUCAAAGAAUCCUAUGAGGAGGUGCAGGUGUGCACGGUGGACAUGGGCAUCACCGCCGACAGUUCCUCUCACCCCGACAACAAAAGCAAGAACAGAUACAUCAACAUACUGGCCUACGAUCACAGUAGAGUGAAGCUCUCCAACAGCUUGGACAGAGAUGGCAAAUGCGGCGACUACAUCAACGCUAACUUUGUCGAUGGUUACGAGCGAACAAGGGCGUACAUAGCAGCUCAGGGGCCUCUCAGAGCAGGCAGGGAAGACUUUUGGAGGAUGAUCUGGCAGCAGAACAUCGGAGUAAUCGUCAUGAUCACCAACCUCAAGGAAAAAGGACGGACUAAAUGUGAUCAGUACUGGCCGGAAGAGAACCAGGAGGAAUAUGGUCCAUACCAGGUGACGCUGAAAAGCAGCAAGAGCCUCGCUUACUACACACUGAGGACGUUCACUAUCAGAGAUACCACAAAUAAGGCGUCUCAGAGGAGAGUUGAACACACGGUCCUGCAUUACCACUACACCCAGUGGCCAGACAUGGGCGUCCCAGAAUACACUCUGCCUGUCCUGUCCUUCAUCAGAACGUCCUCUCGGGCCCGGACACAGGAGAUGGGACCUGUGCUGGUACACUGCAGUGCUGGUGUAGGAAGAACAGGAACCUACAUCGUGAUAGACAGCAUGCUGCAGCAGAUUCAGGAUCAGGGGAUGGUGAACGUUCUCGGUUUCCUGAAACAUGUGCGGACUCAGAGGAACUUCCUGGUUCAGACGGAGGAGCAGUACGUGUUCAUCCAUGAUGCUCUGGUGGAGGCCAUUAUGAGUCGUGACACCUCUGUGACAUCUGACCGCCUCCACACUUACGUCUCUGACCUCUUGACCCCAGGAGCGUCAGGCAGGACACGCAUGGACAAACAGUUCAAGUUGAUCAGUCAGCGUCAAGCCAAGCACGCAGACUACAGCACUGCUCUGAGAGACGGCAACGCUGAGAGGAACAGAGCCAGAGCUUUGAUGCCUGUGGAGAGAUCAAGAGUCUGUCUGACCGCUUCAGACUCAAACUCCACCGGCUACAUCAACGCCUCCUACGUCCUGGGACAUCACCACAGCAGAGAGUUCAUAGUGAGCCAGACUCCUCUGAGCAGCACGGUGGCAGACUUCUGGAGAAUGAUCUGGGAACACAACACACACACUGUUGUCCGUCUGCCCCACACACACAGUCAGAGUGAAGAAGCAGAGUCUUGUGUGUACUGGCCCAGUAAAGACCAGCCAAUGAGCUUUGAGGGUUUUACCGUGUCAUUCUCGGGGGAGGAACAUGUAACUCUGUCCAAUGAUGAGAGACUUUUUGUGCAGGACUUUACAGUGGAAUCUCUACAGAACAAUUAUGUGUUGGAGGUGCGUCAGUACAGCGCCUCCUGCUGGCCCAACCCAGACAGCCCCAUCAGCAACAGCUUCGAUCUGGUCAACACAGUCAAAGAGCACAGCAGAUGCACAGACGCACCUACAGUCAUACAUGACCCGUUGGGAGGUGCUACAUCCGGGCUGUUCUGUGCUCUCACCACCCUGUCCAGCCAGCUAGAAGAGGAGGGGGCAGUAGACGUCUACCAGGUGGCACGAAUGACCAACCUCAUGAGGCCCGGUGUAUUUAAUGAUGUAGAGCAGUACCAGUACCUGUAUCGAGCUGUGCUGAGUCUGGUGAGCAGCCAGGAAGACCAGAGAGCCUUGCAGAGUCCAGAAACCAACGGGUCCGUUCCGCUGGGGCAGACCAACAUCGCCGAGAGCCUGGAGUCACUCAUGUAG